GCGCCCUGUUGGGGCUGCUGGGGCUUCUGUGGCACUUUCUCCCGGUACUGGAGACAGCCCCGGCUGGGGCGCAGCUGCUCAAUGUGCAUUCCCUUGGCAUUAACAUCAACAUGACUUCUAAGACGCAGCCACAGUAUGAUACUAAAGUUCAAGUGGACGUGGAUGGAAAGCCCUGUUUCUCCUAUCACUGCCAGAGUGACCAGGUCACACCCUUCUGUGCUUGGGGGAUGAAGGUGGAUGCUCUACUCAGGGAGCAUCUGAGGAAAAUUCUGGAAGGCCUGACAGGAGAGUUCAGAAAGAAGCUUCUUGACUCUGAACCAAAGGAUGCCCCAGGCAGCCAGCCCCCGUCCCUGCAGGCCAUGAUGGUGAUCCACAGGGAGGCCAGUGGACUCAGCCACGGAUCCUGUCAGUUUGUCAUCAAUGGACGUGUCUCCCUGCGUUUCAACAUGGUGAACAGAACCUGGACUGUGGGCGAUUCUGGAGACGGGAGGAUGUUGCAGAAGUGGGAGGAGGAUAGAGACAUGGAGGACUUUCUCUGGAUGAUGUCCUGUGAGGAAUGCCAAUGGUGGCUUAAUAAUGUUACAGCCCACUGUGCCAUGCUGUGGAUGACAGCAUCACCGAUCCCGACAUCAGGCACGGGGGAAUCCACGGGUACCCUGGGGAAGCCUGAAUCUAUCACUGCGAUCAUCCUCGCCUGCCUUCUCCUAUCAUAUGCAUUGUAAUACAGAAGAUAAGCUGUAUGGAGGAGCGCCUGAAAUGUGUGAAUUUCUGGGCGCUGCUCCUUCUUGGCUGCCUUUCUGGCUCCAGCUGCUUGUCCUGACUCAGGAGCUUUAGUCCUUGCAGGAACUGCAGAUCCUUCUGAGAGGGGUGAGAGCCUUUCCGUUUUGCUGAUUAUCCAAGGCUACACCCCUCCUCCGGCCUGCAAGAGGACACCUUCUGCUGCUGAUUUAGGGGUCUCUGCACUUGAAUUUCUGGGCACUGCCACUAAAGGGCCUCCGCCAGGUGCUGGUCCUGACUCCUGGUGCUUCACUGUUCAUCAACUGCAGACACCUGCUGAGAGGGUGAAACCCGGAAGCUCAGGGCCUUUGUGGUCAGGAGAAAACCCAGAGCUGCACCAUACCCCCCAACCCCUCAUGACCCCUCAUAACCCCCCUCCCCAUCUGGCUACCUUCUCCUGGUGCUGAUUUGGGCGUCUCUGCACUUGAAUUUCUCAGUACUUGAACAACACUUUUCAAAGGGGAGUUAUUUAUUCACCUUUCCCUCUACUGUGACAAUCACACACGUCUGCCUUACCUUCCUCUGACAAAUGAAGGCUCCGGUCAAACAGUACAACCUACAGAACCUCAGGGAUCCUUUCUGUGGGGGUGGGGAGAUCUUUUGAUGGGACCCAAUGUUUUCGGUACUGGUUUUUCCCCCCAAGGUAGCAUAUUUUUUAAUUUCCUUUAUUAUAUAUUGUGUAUA